AUGGCACCGUCCUUGAACGCCCACUCUUCAUUCACUCGCCCUCGCACCAGCGACCGCGAUGCUCGGCCCAGCACCCGCGAUCAGGGCGACCACAGCCUGAUCAUCCCGAGCCGCACCUCCUCGCUACACUCCCGCAUCACCCAGCCUAUUCCGUCUACCCUCAAUGUCAAGCCUCAGCAGCGCACCCCGAAGACGCUCACCCAUGCCUACAUGGUCUGCGGUGUUGGCCGGGAGCCUUCUCAAUGGGUCAAGGCUCCCCAGCCGGCUCAGGGUAAGAUUGGACACAUGAAGGGUGCCGUUGGCCAGUUCUGGCUGCCCGAAAUCCUCGGGAGCAGCCCGAGACUGGAGCAGGACAACGAGAUCGCGCGUUCUCUGCACGCCGCGAUGAGGGCUUGUUUUCCACACGAUGUCGAGAUUUGCACCGGCAGGAGCCAGCCUCACUGCGUUCACCACGCUUUCGUCCUCCAACAGGACUCCUCUCACACUCUUUACGGCAUCUGCCUGCGCGUCUGGUCCCGCGCAGACGAGAAGCGAGCCGAGACCAUUCGGGAUCUGAGGAAGCGAACCGAGACGGACUACUAUGACAACCCAGACGAGACUUACUGGAUCCCGUACUGUUUGUCUUUCCUCUCUCGAUACCCUCUCUACAACCUGCUAGGCGAUUACCUUCGAGGCAUGUGGAUCCACUGGAACAAGGCUACGAAUCUGUUCCAUGCUGAGGAGGUUUCCCGCAUCCUGAGCUUCCCUGCUCCUCGCCUGAACGAUUUGGUACGCAUUGAUAUGAAGGAUUACGCGCUUUGCUACCAGUUCCCGUCCUCGCCGACUGGCUUCCAGAACUUCGCCAUGUGGCCAUUGUUCACUUGCCUGUCUGUUCCUAACAUCGUUGGUGUUAUCGAGGCUGCCAUUUCUCCGACUCGCCGCAUCAUUUUCGUCAGUCACUACCCUGCUAUGCUGACGAUGGCGGCCGAGACCGUGCGUUACUGCGUGCGCGUCUACGAGUGGAGCGGUCUCUAUGUUCCAGUCGUUCACGCCCGACAUGCCAAGGAGCUCGUUCAGGAGCCUGGCCCGUACAUUUUGGGUAUCACUGCCGAGUGCAGGUCACUUUUCACUGCCCCGACUGAUGCCCUGGUAAUCGACCUUGACCGGAACUUUGUUCUCACAUCUAGCCCACCAACUGCUCUGAACCCCGGCCAGCGCAACAAGUUCGUCAACAGACUGACCCAGGCACUCAACGGUGAUGUUACGCCCUCUGGCGUUCCCCAGCACCUGCGAUCGGCGUAUGGUGGAGGUAAGCUUGUACCUGCAGGUCAAAUCAUUGUCAUGCGGGGAGAGGUCGAAUCCAUCCAGGAUCCUGAGUGGUGGAACCAGGAUGCUGUGAUGGCUGUGAUGGAUCAUGUCUGCGAGAAGAUGGGUCGCAAUACCGGGUUGAAGGCUGUCUUCGGAGGGUCCGUUAAGAAACCCUUGAUGACUAAGGUGUCAAUGAGGCAUCUCAAUGAGAUCGUCCGCGAACGCAACCAGUACUCGCGCGAUGCGUUGGAGGCUUGGCAGGAUUUCAUUAACCUCAAAGGUCGUAUGGACACCGAGCUCAGCAAGGUGACCAAGAGAAACAACUACCUUGUCGAGGAGCUUGAGAGCUGGAAGCAACAGUUCCUUAAAUUCCAGGCCUUUGCCGAGCAGCUUACCAAGGAAACCCAAGAUCUUAAGGUCAAGAUUGAGAACCACAAACGUGAGAACCGCCGCCUUGCUGGUCUCCUCGACCAACAGAAGGAUGAGCACGCCCGCAUGGGCGUCCGCCUCGCUGGGACCGAGAAGCAGCGUGAUGAUGCCUUGGAGGCUCUUGUACUUCAGCAAGAAAUUGCCGAGGAGCUUGAGCGCGAGCGGAAGCGCAACAAGAAGGAGCUCUCUGCUCUGCAGCACACCAAUGUCACUAUCUUGCGUCAACGUGAUGAGGCUCGUCGUGUGGUCUUGCACCUCCGCAGCUUGAUUAGCGGCCAGAGCCACCACAUGGAGCACCUCGUGCAGACACUCACUGACCCAGCUGAGUUGGAGGAAGCUAUCGCCGCUGGGUUCGCGCUCGAGGAGUUGGAGAAUGUCAGUGAAGAUGCCACCCCCGAAGAAUUGGAGCAGCAGCUUCUCAAGAGCCCCGCGCGCAACAGCAAGCGCUUCUCCACUUCUAGCUUUGUCGACGUGGCAGAUCGUCAUCUUAAGGACAAGACGGAUGCCAUCGCCCACAUUAUCCGCAACAUUGCGGAGCAGUGUCAGGCUGCUGUUGAGGGUCUGCAGUUGGCUCAGGAUGCUGAGAUUGAGCGUGCUUCUACGCCUAACAACCGCCGCGGGAGUACUCUCUCUGCCGCCCCCAGCGACGACGGUCACUCGGCUGCGACCUCUGAGGUUGGCGACGAGAGCCUCCUUCACCCAUCCGGGCGAACAUCUUCCAUACCACCCACUCCUGAUCUGAUCCCCAACAGGAGCAGCACAUCCAUGUCUAUUGCUUCGACGACCACCACGCCCGAGAGGUCAAGCCAACAGUACAUGAUUGGCCACGAUAUCCCGACCAAGAUUGUUGAGGACGAUGAGGACGAGUACGCUGACCGCAGCGAUGCCGAGGCCAUGCCUCAAGAGCCCGGUGUCGUCGGCAAGCACGCCGAGAGCCUCAUUCACCGCCCAUCCGGUGCCAGGAUCAGUGCUCUCGGUGGUACCCGUUAA